UGAUUUUGAGAAAACUCACCAGGACACAUUCGCAAAGAAGCACGAAAAGACGUGCAACUGGCUGUUGAACGAACCAAAAUAUCAGGAAUGGUUCAAUAGUCCAUCUUCAUCUCUUCUGUGGUGUCAUGGAAAACCUGGGAUGGGCAAAUCUGUGCUUGCGUAAGUCCAGUGUCAUCGAAGACAUAACAACUAGGACAGUAUUACGAAAAGACACCAGCCUCUGCUUUGCAUACUACAACUAUCGAGACACGCGGCUGAAAGACCUUCAUUUGAUCGUAGCUGCUUUGAUCCAACAACUUUGCAGGAGGAAAGACCGGCUGCCGAUCGACCUGCUCCAGACCAAGCGUGACGCUUUGUCUCCGUCUUUGGUGUACGUGGUGUUCGAUGCCCUUGACGAGUGCCCAGAACAGGAGCGUGGAAAUAUCAUCGGAUUUAUCACUGGUAUCGUGACGAUACAGUCCGGUUGCCAGGUCAAAGUGUUCGUCACCAGUCGAUACGAAAUGGAUAUCGCCAAAGCCUUUGGGGACAUGUGCAUUCCUACAAUUCACAUCCGGGUCGCGGAAAUUACUGCAGAUAUUGAAGUCUUUGCCCGCAGUCGGGUUGAAAAGCUUAUGGCUGGAGAGCAUGGAAAGACUCUUUAUGUUGCUAGCGAUAGGCUCAAGGAUUACAUCAUUGAGACACUCGUUGAGAAGGCAGAAGGGAUGUUUCUCUGGGUCGACCUUCAGCUUGACAGUCUCUGCCAAGCAAGCAAAGCCCGAAAAGAUCGAGCGGUUGAAGCCGCGCUAGAAGAACUGCCCCAAGGCUUGCCAAAUACCUACGUGCAUAUUCUGGAGCGGAUCGAAGCCCAGCCUUCGUACAUGAGAGAUUUGGCACUCAGCUGUCUAGCAUGGAUAGUCUACGCUCGGAGACCUCUCUACAUUGACGAACUACAAUAUGCGCUUGCAAUCAACUCGCAAUGCACUGUCAUACAGGAUCUUGAGAUCGACUCCACUGAAGUGAUUCUCGAAGCUUGUAGCAACCUGCUGGAAAUCAAUGAUCUCGUGGUUCGGCCGAUUCACUACACAGUCCAGGAGUUUCUGGCAAAAGCUGUUCCAGGGCUACCACAACAGACCAUACGAGCGCAGCUUUUAGACUCGACCCACAUGCAUAAACGGUUGAGCGUAGCGUGUCUCACAUAUAUGCGACUCGUGGCAUUCGAUGGUCCAGCAGAAUCUCCUUCCGACCUCUGCGAAAGACUUGUUGAGAACGAGUUUGUCGAUUAUGCAUACCACAGCUUCGACUAUCACGUUUCUAAAUGUGAUAAAAUCUCUGUCGAUGUAAAUGACCAACUGGAGACGCUUUUACGGCAAAAAGGCGAGAGUCUUGCAGCAAUCAUGCAAGUCAGGCUACUGGAGGAAAACGCCUAUUCUUCUACAGAACAUCGAUUCAAUAGUAUGGACUUCUUAGUGACUUCCAGUACAGUUGUCUAUAGCACCAUUCUAUAUAAUAUCCCCACCGUGAGGCAGAAGUGGGUCGGCCAAACGAUCCCAGCAUACGCUUUACAUUUGGCAGCCUCCGCAGGACUCAACGAAGCGGUCGUUCGACUCUUAGAGGCUGGGUGUCGUGUCGAAGAAGUUGAUAGUACGGGAAGUAGCCCCUUGUACUAUGCGUGUCUCAACGGGGCUCUAGAUACUGUACAGUUAUUGAUCGACAACAAAGCAGACGUAAACGUACAGGGUGGAUACUAUGGCAACGCACUACAAGCAGUCUCACGCAAGGGCUACGAGCAGAUAGUCAAGGUACUGCUUAAUCACAAGGCCGACGUCAAUGCGGAGGGUGGAGAAUAUAGCAACGCGCUACAGGCAGCUGCAUACGGAGGCUAUGAGCAAACAGUUAGAAUACUUCUUGACUACAAGGCCAACGUCAAUGCGCAGGGUGGAAGAUAUGGCAACGCGCUGCAGGCAGCUGUAUGCGGAGGCUACAAGCAGAUAGUCAAGAUGCUUCUUGACCACAAGGCCGACGUCAAUGCGCAGGGUGGAGAGCGCGCAAACGCGCUGCAGGCAGCUUCAUUAUUUGGGCACGAGCAGAUAGUCAAGAUGCUUCUUGACCACAUGGCCGACGUCAAUGCACAGGGUGGAGGAUAUGGGACCGCGCUGCAGGCAGCUUCAUCAGUUGGGCACGAGCGGGUAGUCAAGAUACUUCUUGACCACAAGGCCGACGUCAAUGCGCGGGGUGAAGGCUUUAACAACGCGCUGCAGGCAGCUUCGUUUUGGGGGCACAAGCAGGUAGUCAAGAUACUUCUUGACCACAAGGCCGACGUCAACGCAGAGGGUGGAGAUCAUGGAAGCGCAUUGGAAGCAGCAACUUACCACCCAGCGAUAACCAGUAUGCUGCGCGACGCAGGUGCUGAACCUCUCGAAGAGCUAGUUCUAUGGAACGUCAGAGACCUUUUCUGAUCAUCCUGGGUCCGCCAGCAGCACCCGGACUAGCAUGUCAAGAGGCCUUCCUCAGUCACUCAUUCAGACAUGUUGGAUGGCCCCUCGCUUAGCGACGUUUCCUUGUUAGGAGUUGCAGACUUAUUAGUUACACAAUCUUCAUCACUUUGCCUGUCCUCGAAGACAACUGCAAUGCCAGCAUGUCUCCG